UCUUUCAAGUCACGUGAUUUUAUACAAUCUCGUUUCCGCCUUGGCGUCCAUUUCAUGUUUACUCGUCAAGCAAGUUGUCGUCGCCUUGCUUUUCUCUGAGGAUUAAAACUAGAAACUUUUUUUAUUGACUUCGGCACUUGUGACAUUUAAUGAUGAACUUGCUUUUCUUCUUUCUCCUAGUUGUACAAACACACAGCGUGACGCCUGUGAUUCAUUCACUCAAGUAUUUCCGCACUGCAUCCUCUCAAGUUCCAAACUUCCCAGAGUAUGUGAGUGUUGGUUAUGUUGAUGGAGUUGAGAUUAUUUACUAUGACAGCAACAUCAGGAAAGCAGAAUCCAAACAGGACUGGAUGAACAAAAUCACAGCAGAGGAUCCAAACUACUGGCAGAGAGUAACAGAGAGGAAUGUUGUUAGAGAACAUGUCUACAAAUACAACAUUGAAACACUUAAGAAGCGUUUCAACCAAACUGGAGGUGUUCACACUUUCCAGAAGAUGUCAGGAUGUGAAUGGAAUGAUGAGACUGAUGAGGUUAAAGGUUGGGAGCAGAUCAGUUAUGAUGGAGAAGAUUUCAUAUCGUUGGACAUGAAGACAUGGACAUUUACUGCAGCAAAACAACAAGCUUUCCCCACCAAACUCAAGUGGGACCAGAACAUACUUGAUCUAGACGACACUAAGUAUUAUUACACUGAGGAAUGUCCUUCUUACUUGAAGAAGUAUGUGGAGUAUGGGAAGAAGGUCCUAAUGAGAACAGAGCUUCCAGAGGUGUUCCUCCUCCAGAAGACGCCAUCCUCUCCGGUCACCUGCAUGGCGACAGGUUUCUACCCCGACCUAGCCGACUUGUUUUGGAGGAAAGACGGCGAGCAGAUCUUCGAGGACGUGGAGCACGGAGAGCUGCUCCCCAACCACGACGGAACCUUCCAGAUGUCGGUGGACCUGAAAGUGGAGGUGACGGCCGAGGUGGAGGGCAAGUACGAAUGUGUGUUCCAGCUGUCUGGCGUCAAAGAGGACCUGGUCACCAAGCUGGAGAGAAGAAGCAUCCUGAGCAACGCAAGCCAUGAAGGCAACGUGAGCGUCACUGCCACGCUGGCGGUCCUCGCUGUGGUGGUCCUUCUGGCGGCCGGCAUCUUCAUCAUCAUCUUCAUCAUCAAGCGUCGCCGAAGCAGACAAGGUGAGGGACACAAAUGUUUCCUCUUUCAGGAAGACGCGAAAAAGUCUCUGCCUUCAUUCAUGAGAUGUGAAUUUCACCUGCUUUCUCUUUCAUUUCAGCCGAAUACGAUCCAGCUGGUAAGUAAAACAUCUUCUCUUUCUUGGAAACCAUAACAAUAAACAAAGCAGUGGUGAAGCAUCACUCACACACUUUGUAAGUUUACCCCCACAAAGAUUGAAGUUAUUAAUAUCAUUUAUUACAUAUUCAUCUUUGUUAUACACCUUUAUGUCAGGUAUAUUCCAUAUA